CCUGGACUCAUGAUGCUGCUUUUUUGGCCUAUUGGGAGCAGCGAGGAAGUCGAUUGAGCUAGCUAGCUAGCUAGCUAGUGAUGGCAAUAAUACACUAACCUCCGAUCCGCCGAGUUGUGGGGGCAGCAAGAUCCUGGACCCUCCACUCUCUCUCUCGUUGCCUGUCACCCUAUUCAAUUCCUUCACCACACAACUGCGCUUUCUCUCUCGAUCUCUCUUUCUCUCUCGCGUUGCUCAUUUUAUCUCUCAGCAAGUUGAGAGAAUCCCUUUGCGUAGGAUAUCUCUUGAUUGUCAGCAUCCCCUCCCUUCAUAUAGUACAACUUCCUCGACUCAUGGAGACCUAAACGCACCCUCUCAUCUCUCUUGACUCUAUACCGCACCAAUCCCCCUCCACAGCUCUCUCUCUCUCUCAAUAUAUACUGAGGAGGGAAGGAAUUGAUCAGGAAGAGCCUCGAAAGGCAACGCUGGGAGCAAAAUUUCUGAAUCUCAAGCUGGACGACGCAUGCGUCUGCCCGCUGUUGUUCCUGAUUAAGCCUUAAUUGUUGAGAAAAGAGAGGACAGCAAAAGGAGAGGAGGAAGAGCUACCUAGCAACUGUCAUGCUGCAUACAUGUAUGAUGGGGCCUUAAGCUUGUGGUGGUGCCUGAGGCACCCUGUCUUUGUAUUGGAUGAUGAGUGUGUACAAGUCACAUCAACACACCCUCAACAGAGAGGAAGGUGAGCCAAAUCAAAUCACAGGACCCCUAAGAUGCCACCAUGUGUGUGUGUAUGUGACUAGUUGUGAAGUCAUGCUUGCAUAAGCCCCAAGGAAAUAAAAUCACAUCAACAAUAUAUACUUGUUUUCUGAACGAUACUCUGAAGGCUGAAGGCUGUAGAGAUCUCGGAAGGACCUCACGCAACGCUAGCUGCUAUCAAGAAAGAAUACGCGCACAUCACACAGUGGAAGCUGUGGUCCUGAAAGCUCUUCUCCCUUAGAGUGUAUAUAUAUUAGUAGAGCCUUAUUGUGCCUUUUCUGUAAAGGAUGUUAAGGGCCACAUUUCCCAUGAGCUUAGGUUCAGCUUUUUACCUGGCAGACCUUAAGGUUUUCAGAGCUUCUUUUUUAAGUUCACCAAGGAGAUCAAGAAGUUUUUCACAAUGAAGUACAUGAAGCUUGGGACAAAGCCUGACACAUUCUACACCGAACAAGCUGUCAGGGUUUACUUGUGGCUUGGCAGGUCAGUAGCGUCAGACAUACCUGCUGAUCUCAUCAUACAUGUCAACAACACACAGUAUAUGCUGCACAAGUUCCCCCUCCUCCUCAAGUGCGGGCUCCUGCAGCGGCUGUGCGCGGACACGGACACGGACACGGACGAACCGGUGCCGGUGGCGCUCGACGACAUCCCUGGCGGGCCGGACGCGUUCGAGCUCUGCGCCAAGUUCUGCUACGGCAUCGCCAUCAGCGUCAGCGCGGGCAACAUCGUGGAGGCGACGCUGGCGGCGCGGUUCCUCCGGAUGACGGAGCAGGUGUGCAAGGGGAACCUGGCGUCCAAGCUGGAGACCUUCUUCGAGUCUUGCGUGCUGCGAGGGUGGAAGGACUCCAUCACGGCGCUGCGAGCGGCGUGGCGGGCGUCCGGCUGGUCCGAGAGCCGCAUCGUGCAGCCGUGCGUCGACUCCAUCGUCGAGAAGAUCCUCCUGCCGCCGUCCAAGGUGUCGUGGUCCUACACCUACACCAGGCCCGGCGGCCGGCACGCCGCCAAGCCUUCGUCGUCGUCGGUGCCCAAGGACUGGUGGACGGAGGACGUGUCGGAGCUGGACAUCGAGCUGUUCCGCUCGGUCGUCUCCACCGUCCGCGCCGCCAGGCUCCUCCCGCCGCCGCUCAUCGGCGAGGCGCUCCACGUGUACGCCUGCAAGCACCUCCCUGACCCCGCGCUCAACCUCGGCGGCGUGAUGGACGGGCACGAGGAGCUGGAGCUGGCGAAGCUGAGGCGCGUGGUGGAGACGGUGGUGACCAUGAUCCCGGGGGACGCCGGGGCCGUGACGGGGCGGUUCCUGCUCCGGCUGCUGCGGGUGGCCAACUACGUGGGCGCAUCCUCCUCCACGCGCGCGCAGCUGGUGCGCCAGGCCGGCGCGCAGCUCGACGAGGCCAGGCCGGCCGACCUUCUCAUCCCGCUGCCUGCAGCCUCAGGGUCGGGCUCGUACGACGUGGGCGCGGCGGAGGCCGUGCUGGAGCAAUUCCUGGCGCAGUCCCAGCGGCGCCGGCGGACGAGCGUCGCCAUGGACAAGGUGGUCAGGGUGUUGGACGAGUACCUGCAGACCAUCGCGCUCGUCGACGCCGGCUUCCCCGUCGCCAGCUUCGUCGACCUCGCCGGCUGCUUGCCCGCCGUCGCACGGAACCAACACGACGGCCUCUACCACGCCAUCGACACCUACCUCAAGGAACACCCUGAGCUGAGCAAGGCGGACAAGAAGCGGCUGUGCCGGCUCAUCGACUGCCGGAAGCUGUCGCCGGACGUGCGGGCGCAGGCGAUAGCCAACGACAGGAUGCCGCUGCGCACCAUCGUGCAGCUGCUCUUCGUCGAGCAGGAGAGAACCGUCAUCGGUACUACUGCUGGAACCAGCAGCAGCCAUGCUCCGCCGCCGGACAGGGCCUCCGUCUCCAGGGUCACGGCCAUAGACGAUGACGACGACAGAGAGGAGGAACACAAGUCGGACGUGCACCGCCCGCGGGGCGACCGUGCAGAGCGCCUCCAAAGGGCGGCCAUGACUAGAUCGCUGUCGGCAUCGACCAAGACGGAGGCCACGGACCACAGAGGAAGCAGGCUCAGGAACAAGUGAUCGAUCAGGCCGGCCGGUGAAUAUGCAACCAGCAUAGAAUUGAUCAUUGGCUCCCGGCCUAGUCGAUGAGCAUAUGCACCUCCAGUUCCUUGCUUCUUAUCCUCCCGAUUUGUUCAUACUUGUGAUUCUUGAUUUUUCUUUUUACUUGCUUCGACUUCAGUGCAUCCCAUUUUUUUGGUGGGAGAUGUGAGAGGGCAUCCUGGUUGAGAGGAUGUGUAGAUUUUUGUAAUUAUAAAAGGAUGGAAUAAUAAUAAUUAAGUGACCAUAUAUAAUCAUAAAAAUCUGGGCUAGCUCAGACCUCUCCCAAUGCAUAA